UCGGGCAUGGACAUGGGAAAUCAUCAGUGGCGAGCUAGCAAGAACUGGUGUAAGCCUCGUUUUACAUCGGACAGCGAGUGGAAAAGGAAGAACUGGCUGCAGAAGUUGCACUGUCAGCGCUGCGGAGGUUCCGCUUCCACCUCUGCGACGCGGCGGGACCUUUGGCGCUGCGGCCUGAGGUACAGGCUCGGGGUUUGUCUGCCUCUGAGAGGAAAGAUACCUGCAUCUUCUUUUUUGGUCUUUGGUCAGCAACAGGGCUUUUGCAUCACCUUGAAAGGCUAGUUGUGGUUUAUUUCUGAUCAGAAAGAAAGCAGAGGUCCUGGUUCUUGCCAGGUAAAGUGUUGAUAGAGGACAACCAGUUCAUUGUUCCCAUGGUUACCAAUCACAUGAGCCCAUGGACAAAACCCACAGCUGCUGGCUCCUUCAGCUCACACGUGACAGAGUUCCCAAGAAAACGAAAAGGAAGUGAUUCAGAUCCUUCCCAAGAAGCUCACAGCCAGACUGAAAAGCGGAGGAGAGAUAGAAUGAAUAACCUGAUUGAAGAGCUGUCUGCCAUGGUCCCGCAAUGCAAGCCCCUGACACGAAAACUGGACAAACUCACAGUGCUAAGGAUGGCCGUUCAACACUUCAAGGCUUUAAAAGGGAUUACAAAUUCUUACACAGGAGAUAUUUAUCGACCUUCAUUUAUACAGGAUAAUGAGCUCAGACACUUAAUCCUUAAGGCGGCAGAAGGCUUCUUGUUUGUGGUUGGAUGUGAAAGAGGAAAAAUUGUCUUUGUUUCUAAGUCAGUCUCCACAAUACUUAAUUAUGAUCAGGCUAAUUUGACUGGACAAAGCUUAUUUGACUUCUUACAUCCAAAAGAUGUUGCCAAAGUAAAGGAACAACUGUCUUCUUCUGAUCUGUCACCCAGAGAGAAACUAAUAGAUGCCAAAACUGGUGUGCAGGUUCCCAGUGCCUUCUGUGCAGGAAGGAUGCAUGCGUGCCCCGGCUCCAGGCGGUCCUUCUUCUGUCGGAUAAGGAGCUGGAAGGUCUCCGUCAAGGGCGAGAGUGAGUGCUUGCCCGACGCAAGGAGGAAAGAUCACAGAAAAUUCUGUACUAUCCACUGCACUGGUUACUUGCGAAGCUGGCCCCGGAGUAUUGUUGGAAUGGAAGAAGAAAGGGACAAUAAGAAAGACAGUAAUUUCACCUGCCUUGUUGCCAUUGCGAGAUUAUAUCCACAUACUGUCCCACAGAGCCGUGGGGGGGUUAAAGUGAAGCCAAUGGAAUUUAUAACCCGUUUUGCAGUGAAUGGAAAAUUUGUCUACGUGGACCAAAGGGCAACAGCAAUUUUAGGAUAUCUGCCUCAGGAACUUUUGGGAACGUCAUGUUAUGAAUAUUUUCAUCAAGAUGACCACAGUAAUUUGACUGACAAGCACAAAGCAGUUCUACAGAGUAAAGAGAAAAUAUUUACAGAUUCAUACAAAUUCAGAGUGAAAGAUGGCUCUUUUGUAACUUUAAAAAGCCAGUGGUUUAGUUUCACAAAUCCUUGGACCAAAGAACUGGAAUAUAUUGUGUCUGUCAACACUUUAGUUUUGGGACACAGUGAGACUGGAGAAGUGGCCGCAUCACUUCCUUGCAGCACUCAGUCAUUUGAAGAAUCCUCUAGAAGGUCUUGUAUCAGUGUGCCUGGAAUGUGUACUGGAACAGUACUUGGUGCUGGUAGUAUCGGAACAGAUAUUGCCAAUGAAGUUCUGGACUUACAAAGGUUACAGCCUUCUUCAUCCCUCGGUGGUUCCAGUCCAACAGAUUUAAUGAAGGAUAUUCACACUGUCAACUGCAGGAAUGUGUCAAGUAAGGAGUUGAUCCCACUAAGUCCUCCUGAAAUAGGGAAGCUGGAAGCUACAAGGCCAAACCACAGCGCUGUUGCGCCCCACGGUCAGGAACCUCUCCUAGGUGAUGGUGCCCAGCUGGAUUUUGAUGCCUUCUGUGACAAUGAUGACACAGCCAUAGCUGCCUUCAUGAAUUACUUAGAAGCAGAGGGGGGUCUGGGGGACCCCGAGGACUUCAGCGACAUCCGCUGGACACUUUAGCACUUGAUUUUUAACUCCAAAAAAUGGGAACAGUUUUGUAGCAUUUCCUUUACAAAGACAAAAACAAAACCCUGUAUAUUCUUCUGUGCUAUAUUGAUACUGUUUUUAUCUGUUAUUCUUAUUAAGAGUCCACCAAUUUUUAUAGACGUGCACCUACUCUCACAGGGGCCUGCGGAAAUGUGACAUUUUCUUUCAAACAGAACUGCUCAGAGUUGCUGACAGACCCCGUCAUUCAGUGAGCUGGCGGUAAACCUGCUAAUUGCUAUUUUUGCUAAAGUCUUUCUAACCAACAAACAGCAUUCCAUAUAUAUUUUUUUUCUUGGUGCAGUUUUUUUGAGUUUGGGGAAUUAAUAUGUUGGCAUUUUCCUUGUGCCUAAGAUUCAUUUAGAAUCGACUCACAGUAGAUUUGUGUAAUUUGAAACAUUUCCAUUUCUUGUGUGCUUCCUUAAAGGGACAGUGAUGUUUAUAGUCAUGAUCACAGUGAAUAGUGUGUUUGGUCUUUGCAGGAUUGGGCAAGCACAGAGCCAGGAUGCUUAUGCCCAGCCGAGCACUCGGAUGGAUUUUAAAUGAGAUGGUUUUGUUUAAAACUCAGAAAAUUUAAGAGACUUUCAACUUUGCUUGCAGAAGAGGAAAGAUCUGGGGCCCUGGAUGUUCGUGAUUAACUGUCGCAUAUGUAAGAUUUACUCUUAAUAUACCCACUCGGGGCUUUCCUUACAGACAGAACAGGCUGUUGGUACUGAAAUGGUACGUAGUAACCGAUUAUCUCAGAGGAAGAAACAGGCCCAGGCAGAUUAAAUGUUUUGUGUAAAGACACAAUUAAAUCCAUAUUUUUUAGUGUUCAAUGUGUCUAAACCAAUUUCUCUUUACACAUUUGGGAGAGCAGUGGUCUCACUGGUUAAAUGAUCAACCAACUGGCCCAAGAACUAGUACUGCUUUAUAUUUAUAUCAUGGCCUUAUAUUUAUAAAUCAUUAGGCAAUUACAGUUACUAUUGCCUAUGACCAAAGGCUGUUAUAUACACGGGAAAUACACUAGAAAUGUGAGGCAAUGAGAAAAAAUUUUAAACCAUUUUCUAGCCACAAUUAAAAAAAAUUGGAGAGCAUUUAACCAGUAAUUAAUCCCGAGGUAUCUCAAACUGAGUGCAGGAAUUAAGAGCAUUUAAAGCACCAUGUGUAUGGCUGCCAUUUUGAAGGUCACAUUUCCAGAACACCUUAUGUCAAUAGCUCUUUCUAGUUUACCAAGUACAUCCCCAUGUAUUCUUUUUGUGCCCCACAGAUGAAAGUAAGGUAGGCCGGGAAACUGGUGGGGAGCCCUGAGGCUCACAUGUGGGGUUCAAAUCCAGUUCUUUCUCUGGAAGGUUCUAUACCUUUCCAGCUGACUGUCCUCAGAGCCCCUCACCACGGCGAAGCAUUUUUGAUCUUGUGUACUUCUUUAGGUUGUAAGUAAUAGAUGGCACUGUCAUCAGGUGCAUUAAUGGCAAAGAAGCCAACAGGUAACAACCAAAGCAGAAGCUCCCAUCUGGUAUGAUGUUUGUAGUAGCUCUGUGGGCAAGGGUGUGUUGGUACAUUGUCCUCUGAAGCCGACAUGAUGUUCCAGCAAUGUCAGAGGGCUGGCACCACUCCCGGUUCUGCACGGGACGACUCAAGACAUCCGGUUUAGGAUAAGCCAACGAAACCUUGCAAGAUGUAGGGAGGUUGGCGUGAUGGUAGAGCCUAAGGAAACAUGAACAAUCACAUCUGUUCUCUAAGUGCAGGAGAGGGGCCUGCCUACAAGCUCAGCACUUUGGGGGAUGCUUGGCCUGCAGAGCUGACCUAAGCCAGUGGUCCCAUAAUAGGUCAUUGUACGUCGAUGGCCUCAAAAGCAGAGGGGACAAACCUUCAUGACACAAGGAUCUGAGAGGCAGGAGGCAGCGUUUCUAGAGGCAAGCUACUGCUGUCUCGCACAGCAGCAGUUUUCUCUCUUGGCCAGAGGGGUGAUUCCACAGACCAGUUGACAGCCGGUUCGGUGCUCUGAUCCUUUAGUAACCCACUCACAUUUUUCUGUAGAUCUUCCUGCCCUGGACUCGGAAUCCACCCCACGCACUGUAUGAUGCUGUAACUCUGUCAGGUUUAGUGGGUUCUUCAAAAUGUGUUCUCUUUGCAUUUGAUUGCUAUUAGGAGUGGCAGAUGUUUUUAUGGCUUACUCAAUAUUAUUUUUUCUCCUACCAAUUAACUUAUCACAUCUUGGUUAAAAAUGUCUACACCUUGAAUGAAAGCAUUAUAAAAAGAAUACUCUAGUGUUCUUUCCUUUUUUUGUCACCGAAAGAAUUACUACCCACGGUUACGUACUGGGGUGGGGGGAGUGACUGGAGUCAGAAGAGCCCACUCAGCCUAAACUUAGCUGUGUGAUGACAGGCAAGUCACUUAAAGCUCUCUGGACCUCGGUUCCCUCAUUUGCAACAAGAGGUCCAAUCUUUGAGUUUAUUUCUAGUUUUGAUUCGGUGACUCUGAUCUGUAGGCCUGGAGCUCCAGGGUCAGGCUGUAGGGCCGUGCUGUCCAGUGCGAUGGACGCUGGCUGCCUGCGGCCACUGGGCCCUUUAAAUGCAGCCAAUUCCAAUGAGAAUUGCUGUCAAUGUAAAUUUCAUACCAUCUUUCAAACACCGUAUAGAAAAGGAAUAAAAUAUAUUAGCACUUUUAUUGAUUCCAUGUUCAAAUAAUACUGGAUAUACUGAAUGAAACAAAAGAUUAAAUGUUUGCCUCGGACUUCUCUAAUGUGGCUGCUAGGAAAUUUAAAGUUGCAGAUGGGGCACACAUUAUGUUUCUGGUGGGCAUCCCCACUCCAGAGCCUUUUAGGAAGUGACCGUUACUGAAGCAGACCGAAGGCUGUACACUGAAUACGGCGUUUACCUCCAAAUGCCGUGGUUUAGAACGCAGUUGUGUAUUUACUCGAUUUAGUACAAAUAACCUGUUUCCUAGCAUCAGAUUUAAAACUUUUUAAAAAAAACUGGUGAACUUGAAAUUUUGGUCACAUAUUUAUUACAGGAUGCUAGCUUGACAUCAAAUAAAACUUGAGCUCUAUGUUGAUACCCUAUGGAAGUAACGAAAUUUGGAAAUCCACUGAGAAAAAACCCCAGGAAAGUACAGAAUGGGUUCCAGUAUUUAAUUACAGUGUUCCAUGGGGAAAGGCUGUAUUUAGGAGUCCUGUUCCUGGAGGAGUUUGUUGAGUCAGGGGCUCGGGGAGAUGAAAUGGCCACUACCUAGUUGUCGGACCGUGUUUGGUGGUGGUGUUUCUGAGCCCGCUCUCCUGGGGCAUCAGCCACUCAAGUGGGCCACUGUUGGGCUCUGGAAUUGGAGAAGCAGAUUGUCCAUGCAGGGUAUUGCAGGCAGAGUAAGGCUGACAUCUAGAAUACUCAGAAGCCAUAAAGGAAAACUACCAAGUGGCCACUAGGUGUCACUUGUCCAUUUCUUUAGCACUUUGUUUUCUUUCAUUAGGUGACUUUUUUCCAAGUUCCAUGGGGCCUACAAGAGGCAUUUAUGUCCUUUGUGUCUAUAAUUCUGCCUUUCUCGUGUGAGUUAUUUUAUGAGAAAUGCUUGUUAAGAGAAGAUCCUUCCCACAUAACAUGAGAACUUUAGUCUGGGGAGCUUCCCAGAUGUGGCUCUAGUAAAAAGCUGACCUUAGAAAGAAAACCCGUCCGACCCGGAACAUGCUUCUGGACUCAUUUGAGAGUGUAUGGGGGGGUGUGUGUGUCACUGCUCAUGUGUUCGAGCUAAGGUUUGUCUUUUAUACAGUUUUUAGCUUUUUACCAGUUUACUCACGCUUCUGUAUAUUGGUAUUUUUUUUAUUUUGUGGUAAAUAAUGAA